GGGAGAACCCACAGGGAGACCCACAGACACAUAUGCACGAGAGAGACAGAGGAGGAAAGAGACAGAGACAAAGGCACAGCGGAAGAAGGCAGAGACAGGGCAGGCACAGAAGCGGCCCAGACAGAGUCCUACAGAGGGAGAGGCCAGAGAAGCUGCAGAAGACACAGGCAGGGAGAGACAAAGAUCCAGGAAAGGAGGGCUCAGGAGGAGAGUUUGGAGAAGCCAGACCCCUGGGCACCUCUCCCAAGCCCAAGGACUAAGUUUUCUCCAUUUCCUUUAACGGUCCCCAGCCCUUCUGAAAACUUUGCCUCUGACCUUGGCAGGAGUCCAAGCCCCCAGGCUACAGAGAGGAGCUUUCCAAAGCUAGGGUGUGGAGGACUUGGUGCCCCAGACGGCCUCAGUCCCUCCCAGCUGCAGUACCAGUGCCAUGUCCCAGACAGGCUCGCAUCCCGGGAGGGGCUUGGCAGGGCGCUGGCUGUGGGGAGCCCAACCCUGCCUCCUGCUCCCCAUUGUGCCGCUCUCCUGGCUGGUGUGGCUGCUUCUGCUACUGCUGGCCUCUCUCCUGCCCUCAGCCCGGCUGGCCAGCCCCCUCCCCCGGGAGGAGGAGAUCGUGUUUCCAGAGAAGCUCAACGGCAGCGUCCUGCCUGGCUCGGGCGCCCCUGCCAGGCUGUUGUGCCGCUUGCAGGCCUUUGGGGAGACGCUGCUACUAGAGCUGGAGCAGGACUCCGGUGUGCAGGUCGAGGGGCUGACAGUGCAGUACCUGGGCCAGGCGCCUGAGCUGCUGGGUGGAGCAGAGCCUGGCACCUACCUGACUGGCACCAUCAAUGGAGAUCCGGAGUCGGUGGCAUCUCUGCACUGGGAUGGGGGAGCCCUCUUAGGCGUGUUACAAUAUCGGGGGGCUGAACUCCACCUCCAGCCCCUGGAGGGAGGCACCCCUAACUCCGCUGGGGGACCUGGGGCUCACAUCCUACGCCGGAAGAGUCCUGCCAGCGGUCAAGGUCCCAUGUGCAACGUCAAGGCUCCUCUUGGAAGCCCCAGCCCCAGACCCCGAAGAGCCAAGCGCUUUGCUUCACUGAGUAGAUUUGUGGAGACACUGGUGGUGGCAGAUGACAAGAUGGCCGCAUUCCACGGUGCGGGGCUAAAGCGCUACCUGCUAACAGUGAUGGCAGCAGCAGCCAAGGCCUUCAAGCACCCAAGCAUCCGCAAUCCUGUCAGCUUGGUGGUGACUCGGCUAGUGAUCCUGGGGUCAGGCGAGGAGGGGCCCCAAGUGGGGCCCAGUGCUGCCCAGACCCUGCGCAGCUUCUGUGCCUGGCAGCGGGGCCUCAACACCCCUGAGGACUCGGACCCUGACCACUUUGACACAGCCAUUCUGUUUACCCGUCAGGACCUGUGUGGAGUCUCCACUUGCGACACGCUGGGUAUGGCUGAUGUGGGCACCGUCUGUGACCCGGCUCGGAGCUGUGCCAUUGUGGAGGAUGAUGGGCUCCAGUCAGCCUUCACUGCUGCUCAUGAACUGGGUCAUGUCUUCAACAUGCUCCAUGACAACUCCAAGCCAUGCAUCAGUUUGAAUGGGCCUUUGAGCACCUCUCGCCAUGUCAUGGCCCCUGUGAUGGCUCAUGUGGAUCCUGAGGAGCCCUGGUCCCCCUGCAGUGCCCGCUUCAUCACUGACUUCCUGGACAAUGGCUAUGGGCACUGUCUCUUAGACAAACCAGAGGCUCCAUUGCAUCUGCCUGUGACUUUCCCUGGCAAGGACUAUGAUGCUGACCGCCAGUGCCAGCUGACCUUCGGGCCCGACUCACGCCAUUGUCCACAGCUGCCGCCGCCCUGUGCUGCCCUCUGGUGCUCUGGCCACCUCAAUGGCCAUGCCAUGUGCCAGACCAAACACUCGCCCUGGGCCGAUGGCACACCCUGCGGGCCCGCACAGGCCUGCAUGGGUGGUCGCUGCCUCCACAUGGACCAGCUCCAGGACUUCAAUAUUCCACAGGCUGGUGGCUGGGGUCCUUGGGGACCAUGGGGUGACUGCUCUCGGACCUGUGGGGGUGGUGUCCAGUUCUCCUCCCGAGACUGCACGAGGCCUGUCCCCCGGAAUGGUGGCAAGUACUGUGAGGGCCGCCGUACCCGCUUCCGCUCCUGCAACACUGAGGACUGCCCAACUGGCUCAGCCCUGACCUUCCGCGAGGAGCAGUGUGCUGCCUACAACCACCGCACCGACCUCUUCAAGAGCUUCCCAGGGCCCAUGGACUGGGUUCCUCGCUACACAGGCGUGGCCCCCCAGGACCAGUGCAAACUCACCUGCCAGGCCCGGGCACUGGGCUACUACUAUGUGCUGGAGCCACGGGUGGUAGAUGGGACCCCCUGUUCCCCGGACAGCUCCUCGGUCUGUGUCCAGGGCCGAUGCAUCCAUGCUGGCUGUGAUCGCAUCAUUGGCUCCAAGAAGAAGUUUGACAAGUGCAUGGUGUGCGGAGGGGACGGUUCUGGUUGCAGCAAGCAGUCAGGCUCCUUCAGGAAAUUCAGGUACGGAUACAACGAUGUGGUCACUAUCCCCGCGGGGGCCACCCACAUUCUUGUGCGGCAGCAGGGAAACCCUGGCCACCGCAGCAUCUACUUGGCCCUGAAGCUGCCAGAUGGCUCCUAUGCCCUCAAUGGUGAAUACACGCUGAUGCCCUCCCCCACAGAUGUGGUACUGCCUGGGGCAGUCAGCUUGCGCUACAGCGGGGCCACUGCAGCCUCAGAGACACUGUCAGGCCACGGGCCACUGGCCCAGCCUUUGACACUGCAAGUCCUAGUGGCUGGCAACCCCCAGGACGCACGCCUCCGAUACAGCUUCUUCGUGCCCCGGCCGACCCCUUCAACGCCACGCCCCACUCCCCAGGACUGGCUGCACCGAAGAGCACAGAUUCUGGAGAUCCUUCGGCGGCGCCCCUGGGCGGGCAGGAAAUAACCUCACUAUCCCGGCUGCCCUUUCUGGGCACCGGGGCCUCGGACUUAGCUGGGAGAAAGAGAGAGCUUCUGUUGCUGCCUCAUGCUAAGACUCAGUGGGGAGGGGCUGUGGGCGUGAGACCUGCCCCUCCUCUCUGCCCUAAUGCGCAGGCUGGCCCUGCCCUGGUUUCCUGCCCUGGGAGGCAGUGAUGGGUUAGUGGAUGGAAGGGGCUGACAGACAGCCCUCCAUCUAAACUGCCCCCUCUGCCCUGCAGGUCACAGGAGGGAGGGGGAAGGCAGGGUGGGCCUGGGCCCCAGUUGUAUUUAUUUAGUAUUUAUUCACUUUUAUUUAGCACCAGGGAAGGGGACAAGGACUAGGGUCCUGGGGAACCUGACCCCUGACCCCUCAUAGCCCUCACCCUGGGGCUAGGAAAUCCAGGGUGGUGGUGAUAGGUAUAAGUGGUGUGUGUAUGCGUGUGUCUGUGUGUGAAAAUGUGUGUGUGCUUAUGUAUGAGGUACAACCUGUUCUGCUUUCCUCUUCCUGAAUUUUAUUUUUUGGGAAAAGAAAAGUCAAGGGUAGGGUGGGCCUUCAGGGAGUGAGGGAUUAUCUUUUUUUUUUUCUUUCUUUCUUUCUUUUUUUUUUUUUUUUGAGACAGAAUCUCGCUCUGUCGCCCAGGCUGGAGUGCAAUGGCACAAUCUCGGCUCACUGCGUCCUCCGCCUCCCGGGUUCAAGUGAUUCUCAUGCCUCAGCCUCCUGAGUAGCUGGGAUUACAGGCUCCUGCCACCACGCCCGGCUAAUUUUUGUUUUGUUUUGUUUUGUUUGGAGGCAGAGUCUCGCUGUUGUCACCAGGGCUGGAAUGAUUUCAGCUCACUGCAACCUUCGCCACCUGGGUUCCAGCAAUUCUCCUGCCUCAGCCUCCCGAGUAGCUGAGAUUAUAGGCACCUACCACCACGCCCGGCUAAUUUUUGUAUUUUUAGUAGAGACGGGGUUUCACCAUGUUGGCCAGGCUGGUCUCGAACUCCUGACCUCAGGUGAUCCACUCGCCUUCAUCUCCCAAAGUGCUGGGAUUACAGGCGUGAGCCACCGCGCCUGGCCACGCCCAACUAAUUUUUGUAUUUUUAGUAGAGACAGGGUUUCACCAUGUUGGCCAGGCUGCUCUUGAACUCCUGACCUCAGGUAAUCGACCUGCCUCGGCCUCCCAAAGUGCUGGGAUUACAGGUGUGAGCCACCACGCCCAGUACAUAUUUUUUAAAUUGAAUUCUGCUAUUUAUGUGAUCCUUUUGGAGUCAGACAGAUGUGGUUGCAUCCUAACUCCAUGUCUCUGAGCAUUAGAUUUCUCAUUUGCCAAUAAUAAUACCUCCCUUAGAAGUUUGUUGUGAGGAUUAAAUAAUGUAAAUAAAGAACUAGCAUAACGCUCA